AUGACGUCCAUGCUGAUCACAACCACAUGUCUCACUGUGAAAUGUGGUCGAAUUGGGAAGGUUACCGCAGUAAAGGGCAGCCUCCAGCUCGGCAUCAAUCAUCCAUUGACUACAAGGAGUUGCAGAGGUAUGAUCAUCGGAGGAAUGAGCUUUCUCGUCACGCCGACUGCCAAAGGUCUGGCUCUCGCACGAACGACCGCUCUCACUGCGAUGAACCUCCUCGGCGCCGAAUACCUAACCGCUACGAGGAUUGUCAAAGGCCUGGCAGUCACAGGAAUGAACGCUCUGGCUACUACAACUCUCAAAGGCAAGGCUAUCGCGAGGAUAGGUGUCCUCGCCGCGACGAACAAUCAAGACUUCUACCCACUCGCUACGACGACCUGA